UUUUUCAAUUACUCUUUUCAUUGCAAGGUGGUGGAAGGCAUUUUUAAGUCAACUAAACUAGUCUUCCUGUGAGAAAAGUCCCUAUUUUAACGUCAAUCGAAGCGACAUUUGAUUAUUUCUCCAUUGAGAACUGUGGAAAAACGAAAGAAAAAUAAAUUACAGCUUUAUUGUUUCCCCCGAUAGAGUGAAUAGAAUUAGAAAAUCGAGUGCAUUUGGAGGCUGGAAAAAGAUAUUUUAGGACUAUACGUGCCAUUUCAUACUGAGAUUAUAAAAGUAAAUGCCCGUUGUGGAUAGUUUGAUUCUUCCAUUUAAGCGGGAAUAGAAUAUGUGGAUGUGGUAUAAUUGCAAACAAAAUCUGAAGGCUUGUAUACUGCAUAGUUAUUCUUGAUUUGUUUGCCUUUAGAGAAGGAGUUUUAUAAACAGUAGUCCAUCGAUUCAUUCUAAACUUACUUUCGUGUUCAGUGAUGCUGAAUUGAGUGACACUUAAUCGUUUUUUUUUUCUUGUUUGACUUCACCCAGUAACGAUGAAGAGGAAGUUUGUUGGAGAUGCUGUUGAGGCUCAGAAGAAACAGCGAAAGACUAUUGAGGAUCUAGGGCUUAAUCUCAGCUCUACAUCUGAUGAUGAAGGCCAAAUCAGCAACCAUGCAACAACGCAAGAGUCCUCCAGUGAAACUGGGUCUGACAGUGAGGCUGAAGACCGAAUUGGGUUUAGUGGAUCUUCAUCUGGAUCUACCCCGACACCUGGGAGGAAUGAAUCCAUGAUGAAGUCUCAGGCACAAGAUGCUUCUACAUCUCAGUUCUCAAUGUACAACAGUUUCUCGAAAAAAUUAAUGGCCAAGAUGGGUUUCCGAGAAGGAGAAGGCCUUGGAAAGUUUGGACAGGGACGAAAGGAUAUUGUGGAGACAUCAAAGCAGCGGGGCAGAAGAGGUCUUGGUCUAACUGUUAAAGGCUUUGAUGGAGAGCUCAACAUUGACUGGCAGAGUGAGCCUGAGCCUGGUCCUUAUGAACAGCUACAGUGGUUUCCAGAAUGCUCCACCGGAAUUCCAGAUGCUCAAACCCUGAAGGAAUGGAUGGGCAUUGGAGAGAGGAGAAUGAAGAUUGAUGAUGAAACAGAAUUCUGUACUGAGGAGCUUUUGAGUAAUCUUCUAAUGUGCAAGAGUAAGUUUGAUGACCUGGAAGGAGAAGAGAUGCGUCGUGCCCGAACAAGGUCAAAUCCCUAUGAAACAAUAAGAGGAGUAUUUUUCCUAAACAGAGCUGCAAUGAAGAUGGCAAACAUGGACCAUGUAUUUGACUAUAUUUUCACCAAUCCAAAGGAUUCGAAUGGGAUACCAUUGCUUAAAGAACGGGAUCCAGAACUGCUGUACUUUGCUGACGUUUGUGCAGGGCCUGGUGGAUUUUCAGAGUAUGUCCUUUGGCGCAGGAAGUGGCAUGCAAAGGGGUUUGGGAUGACUUUGAAGGGCCCCAAUGAUUUUAAAUUGGAAGAUUUCUAUGCAGCUCCUAGUGAACUCUUUGAACCAUAUUAUGGUGAAGGUGGAAUAGAUGGUGAUGGAGACAUUAUGAGGCCUGAGAAUAUCUCUGCAUUCCGUAACUUUGUGUUGGAGAAUACAGACAGAAAGGGGGUGCAUUUUCUAAUGGCUGAUGGGGGUUUCUCUGUCGAAGGACAGGAAAACAUACAAGAGAUCCUCAGUAAGCAGCUUCUGUUGUGUCAAUUCCUAAUGGCACUGAGUGUUGUUCGAACAGGCGGACAUUUUGUCUGUAAAACCUUUGAUCUGUUUACUCCAUUCAGCGUGGGACUUGUUUACCUCCUGUACUGCUGUUUUGAGCGAAUCUCUCUCUUUAAACCUUUGACUAGUCGUCCAGCCAAUUCUGAAAGGUAUAUAAUCUGUCGAGGUCUGAAACCUGGAAUUGAAUCAGUCCGUGACUAUCUGUUCACUGUAAACAUCAAACUGAACCAGCUCAAGAACUCGAAGCAAGAUGUGAAUACAGUCGUCAGUAUGUCAGUGAUGAAAGAGGACACAAACUUUUUAAAUUCUAUGAUGAGUUCUAAUGAAGGACUUUGUGCAGUGCAGAUCAAGGCAUUAGCUAAAAUCCAUGCUUUUGUUCUAAACCCGACACUAAGUGUUCCAACACAGGCGGAAAUUCGUAAAGAAUGUCUGAAACUCUGGGGAAUUCCUGACCAGGCUCGAGUAGCUCCAUCAUCCUCUGACCCAAAAUCAAAAUUCUUUGAACUAAUCCAGAAUACGGAUAUUGAUGCAUUUAACUAUAAGCCAACACUGCUAACCGUUAAAAAUCUGGAAAAGAUCCGCCAAGUUUUUGACUACAGAUGUAUGGUUUCUGGAGGAGAACAGGUGUUUCUGCUAUCUUUAGGGAGGUCUCAUAUCUACAAGUGGGAUGGCCAUCCACCAAUUCGCUGGACAAAACUGGAAAACUUGAAAACAGAGUUACCAAGGGACACAUUGCUUUCUGUUGAGAUUGUCCAAGAACUGAAGGGAGAGGGAAAAGCCCAGAGAAAGAUUUUUGCUGUCCAUGUUCUUGAUGCAUUGGUUCUCAAUGGCACUGAUGUUCGAGAGCAGCACUUUAACCAGCGAAUUCAAAUGGCAGAGAAAUUUGUAAAGGCUGUCUUCAAAUCCAGUAGGCCUGACAUGAAUCCCAUCCGAGUAAAGGAGGUGUACAGGCUGGAAGACAUAGAGAAAAUCUUUUUAAGGCUAGAGAUGAAGAUUACGAAGAGUUCUAGUGGAAUGCCACGACUAUCCUACACAGGACGUGAUGACAGACACUUUCUUCCUGCAGGCCUUUACAUCAUUAAAACUAUCAAUGAACCAUGGACCAUGGCAUACAGCAAGGGUACAAAACGAAAAUUUUUCUUCAAUAAGACAACAACAGAAUCAACCUAUACACUUCCUGCAAGCUCAGUAGCAAACUUUCAAGUUUGUCACUAUGAACGUUUGUUCUGGGCCUGGAAGGAAGGUGUUCGAGUACAUGAGUCACAGACCAAGCAGGAUCCAGACCUGCUUUCCAGAGACUGUGUUCUAUCAUUUAUCCAUUCACAUUGCCAGAUGUAAAUUGUGGUUUUGGCUUUGCUUUAUGCUGCAAGAUUUUAACACAGACAGGAGAAUCUGUGAAACAUAAGGAAGCUGGGACCUGGAACAUAGUCAUCAUUUUCCUGGGCAUAAUUUAAACAGGAAUGACAUGAAGAGAGUAUAUUCCUCUGGAUCUUGAUAGGAAUCAGAGUGUUUUUAUUCUGCUCUGGUCUAGGAUUUUAGCACAGAGACGUUGGUAUAAAUGUUUGCAGUGAACUCUAAGAGAAGAGAAUCCUGUGCCACAAUUAAGCCAUUUUAUCCUCUUGAAUCCAGAUUUGUGGAAUUUAGCUUCAGCAUAAUUUAAUAAAGACUUUUAUAAUAAGAAUACACUGAAUGCCAGUUAUUGCUGCAUUCUGUGUACACCUAUUUUGAUAUUGUAUUGGAUUUUGAUUGUUUACUUUUAAUUCGAUGAAUUGCUUGUUACCUCUCUUUGUUUCUUCACCUCUUUGUUUCAGAUCAGGAACUUAAAUCUGAAAAGUAGCUGAUGUGGUCACAUGCCCUUUUAAAAUCUUUAUUUUGAAUAUAUGAUACUGUAAAUGGGAGAGAUUUCAUGCUGAAGUAUGUACUAUGAGCUGUUCUUUCUUGAACAGAAUAAUGUUUAAGUCUAUAAUGACCAUUGGAAGAGUAUUUUUUUUCUUUUGCGGAAGCUUUCUGUGAAAACGAAUCCACUAUGGAAUCCUGGGUUUAAUGAUAUGACUGCAUGCUGUCACUGAACUCAGUUAUAAAUUAAAUCAUCACUCUCCUGACAGCAUGUUUUAUAGUUCUUUGUUUGAACUAGAUGUCUGUACAUAUUUGAUAAACCAUUAUUUGUACACUAUAUUAUUUAGUAAGAUAUUAAGGAGCUGUGUAAUAAAAUGGUGCUGAAAAUAA